AUGACACGCCGUCUUAGGAUUGGUCAAUCAUGUAAUCCUCAAGUAGCCAAUAGGAGUACCAUACCCCGUUCAGAUAUAAGUCCUGGGCCACCGUGCUCCUCUCACCCCACAAAAAUGACCGAUGUUGAGAACAAAGCUCCCGAAAGUACCCCUGAAGUCGAAACUCCCACUGCAGAGCCAAUUGCCGCUGAUGGUGUCACAGAGGAAAAACCGGCCGAAGUCCAUACUAACGGCGAGAAUAGCAAGAAGAAGGGCAAUGCAAUUAAGGAAUGGAUGAAGAACUUGGCCAGCCAUGUUAAAUUUUCCACGAAGGGAGCUAAGAAGGCAAAAUCCGAAGCCGCAGCAAAUGGGAAGGAAGAGAAGGCUAACGACAAAGAGGAGGAAGACACAGCAUCCAAAACUGAAGCAACACCUGAAGAACAUAAGGAUGGUGAACAAAGCCAACCCCAAGAAGAGGCUGACCAAGAAUAA